GGUGCACUGACGCAGCUGGACGCGGCUGCUUCUUGCACGAGACCUGGCCUCGUGUUGGUCGCGAUCGAUGCCACGGCCGUCUCGGACAUCGACGACGAGUGGGCUGACGAGGGGACGCGCCGCGUCGGUGUGCUCGCGGAGCGCUUCGGGCUUGUGCGGAGCCUCGUCGACGCCCUGCUACACGACGACGAGCUGCGCCGCAUGGAAGCGGUCGCCCUCGGCGCCCCCUUGCACUGCGGCCCCUCCCUGCACAUGGCGUUGCUCGUCGGCGUGUUCAAGUCCGACAGCACGGCCGGGGACCUGGCACCUCAG